GGGGCGCGGCGGCGCGCGCCGGCGGCCAUGUCGGAGCUGGCGCGGGAGGAGCUGUCGGCGCUCGCCGCCAUCUACUGCGAGCCGGGCGCUUGCGAGGUGCUGGCGGCCUCAGAGACACAUGGAAUCUCAUUUAGAAUUCAAAUCAGUGUGAAAGAAGUGCUGGAUACAGAUGUACUUUUAAAGCUGUUAUUUCAUUUACCGGUCAAUUACCCAUCAACUGUACCGGAGAUUUCUGUUAACUCAGACCAGCUUACAAGGGCCCAGUGUAUGGAUGUGAGAGAGAAAUUACUUGAGCAAGCAAAGAAGCAUCUUUCUGAGCCCAUGGUACACGAGCUGAUUCUGUGGGUACAGCAGCAUCUUAAAGAUGUCAUUAAGCAAUCAGCAACAGUUUGCAACGAAAAAACUACUUUGUCAAAAGGAACAGAAGAUGGUAUCUGGAUGGUCCUUUUGCAUUUAGAUCACAUGAGAGCAAAGGCAAAAUAUGUGAAAACUGUGGAAAAAUGGGCUUCAAAUCUAAGGCUGACUGGAAGACUGAUGUUCAUGGGCAAGAUAAUAUUGAUUCUUCUUCAGGGUGACAGGAGCAGCAUUAAGGAAUACUUGAUUCUUCAGAAAACUUCUAAGGUAGAUGUGGACUCAAGUGGAAAGAAAUGCAAAGAGAAAAUGAUGAGAGUACUGUGUGAGACAGAACUACAGUCCCAGCAUAAAAGGUUUCAGACGUUUGAAGUCAAAGAAUAUUCAGCACCAGAGGAGCUACAAAAGGAAUUUGAAACUGCAGGACUUACAACUCUUUUCUCUGAGUUUGUUCCUCCUCUCUUAAAAUAAAAUUAGAAGAAACCACCGGACCUUUGCCCAAAGCAGUAGUUGACUGCAGAUGCUGAUGAUAAAAGGACUUGUGGCAAAACAAUGUUGAAGCUUUUCUACAAGAAAUACCACCAGUAGUCAUCCUUUUGCAAGAAGAAGGCAAUUAAUACAUUAAGAACUGAUAUUUUUUUGACAUUUAUGUUAAAAAACAAUGUGAUGUUGAUUAUUAUAAUUGCAUGGCAAGCAUGAGAGACUGGGAAGAAAUAAUUCUAAAAAAAAUAUUCUUCUAGUCAGACUCUGUUUUAUAGUCCCUGUUUUUCAACACACUUUCUUCUCUCUCAUGGUAGAAUUUGUCAGUAAUGGCCUGUUAGAACACAUGAUUCAUUUUGCUUUGGAAGGCUGUAUGAAGGUAUUUCCAUAAAAAACAUAGCAAACACAGAUUUAAAUAUGUGAGCACAGCAGAUACUUAAUAUCCCUUAGGAGUUCAUGUGCUAAUUUUUUAUUCUCCCUUUAAAUGACUACAAAUACUAGAUGGUUGAUUUGAAGAAAAAGCUCAUGUCACUUGAGGCCUGAAAAAAACUUAGAAGUGUCUUUUUGAAUAUUAGUUUUUAUUCUAAAACUUAAAAGAACACUCACGUGGAGGAUUUAAAUUGAUAAAAAGCUGAGGUAGAGCCAAUUGUAAUAUUUUCUUUGAUAGUUUUACAGAUGUCUUUUUGCACUUUACCUGGUUUUACUGUCUGUGCAGCUUCAGAUAUCUUGAUUCAAUUAAACUGUUGGAGCAGUAUAUAUACAGACUUCAGUCUUCCAUCUUUCAAGGCUUCUGUCAAGUUACUUUUGUUUGUUUAUGUGGUUUUUUUUUGGGUUGGUCACUAGCCUUGGCCAACCUGUAAUUUUUUUUUAUCAGUAGUUUGUGUUUUACAUCUGUAUAACGUUACAAAUUAUAUGCAUAAUUGUAUGAAUUGUGCAAGUUGUGCAAGUUCUGUUUACCCAGGGAGGAUUGGAUACUUAUCUUUUACAAUUAUUAAUGUGUGUCCUUUGGUUUCUCUUUUACCUGAAACCACUCUCUAACAAGACUAGAUAAAUUACCCAGUAAAAAAAAAUUAGCAGUCAUGAUUUUCUUAUUAGCUAGUACUGCCAUUUGCCAUUUCAAUUGGCUUUAGCAUUUAGCUAAACAUGUGCUUUACUGCUCUCUAAAAUUCAGUCUCAGAAGCCAAAUGUCUCAUGUAUUCUGUAAUUAAAAAGAUUUGAUCAAUUCAAUAUGAACUAAUGUAUUUCCAUUGUUCUGGGGGAAGACCAGUACUAUUUGUUUAGUUCCGAAAGUGUGGUUUGGCACAUCAUUAUGUAAGAUGUGAUUUCCUGUUUCAUGCUCAGACCAUGAGGUCAUACCUCUUCCUUUAUAUGUUCUAGAAAAGCAACUAAAGCAGACUAGGAAGAUUUUUAUAUUUUACUGUUUGAGAUAUCAGAUGCAUAAAGGGUUGUAUACUGGUUGAAAGUCCCUGAAGUUUUUCAGGAGUUUGGUGAUUUUAUAGUGAAUAUAGAGUGUCUCAAAUAUGUAUAUUGUAUGUUAUUUAUGCACCGAUGCAAAUUUACUGAGAUAGUAGCAAUGUUCUUCUUAGUGAGUCUUUCAUGUUUACCAUAUACAGUACUUCAGGAUCAGUAGAAAAGAGACUGUGUUGAACAGGUUUUACACAUCUGUUCUAUAUUAUUUUGAAAUUGCUUCCUGAGGGACAGGAAAUCUAAUUUUCUAUCAUUUUAAGUGCAUGUGAAGAUGAAUUCUUACUUUUACAAAGAAGAAUAAAACAGAAUUAUCUUUAAAAUAUUAAAAUAACAUAUAUUUUAAAUUACAGUUUCCAGAAUCGAGCUGUUCUCAGGUAUUGAAAAAUGGUGUGUCAGUGCAGUAUAAAGUUUUGAAAAGCUGCUGAGAGUCUCUCCUGAUACUGUGUGACAGAUCUGACAAAUGUCAAACUCAAGAAAAGGCCUAUGCAUGUACAGCAUAAGAACACAUAAUCAGUAUCUCUCUGCAAAACUAAAUGUAGUAAUAUUUUGCCAGAUGCAUUGUAAAUCUGAUUUUAGGAAUCGUGUGAAUGGCAUUACUUACUUGUGUGAUCUCAAAAUGCAUGUGAUUUCAAAAAUAAUUGAGGCAUAAGUUGUUGUUAUCAUAUUUCUUGCAAGAUUAGAUACAGACUUAAUAAAGUUUUCCUCUUUACUAGAAAA